AUGGAGCGGUGCUUCCUGUUCUUGUCGCGUUUUGUCCUCUUGGGCUUUUUGUCUGUGACCGUUGACAACGUUGUGAGCUCGACAAGCCGGGGCCAGCUCAACCGCGAGCUAUUGCGCUGCGCAAGCGUGAUGGUGCUUGGGUAUUCGGCAUUUGUGGGAUACACCGUAGCAUUAGCGGCGAGCAGACUGCUGGCCGGCUCCAGCACUAAACUUCUUGGCAAGCGGUCCUCCAGCGGCAUCAUUCACCCGCUGGGCUGGCUGAUGAUGUUGCCUUACCACCUAGGUCUGCGUGUCAAGUUGGGUGUGCAGCGACUCAUCAGUUCGGAAGCGCUGUACAAUCGAGUGCUGCCGGGGUGGUACAUAGGCGGGUGGCCCUGGAGCGGCUCCGAGCUGCCCCCCGAUAGCCCCUCCGUGCUGGACUGCACCUGCGAGUUGCCGCGGACACACCGCAACCGUUACAUGUGCCUGCCGAUAUGGGACACGCAGGCGCCCACUCCGGCCCUCAUAGAGCGGGGUGUCGCGUUUGCUCUGACGGAGCGAGCUCUGGGCAAGUCGGUGUACGUCCACUGCGCCCACGGCCACGGGCGGUCGGCACUGCUGCUGAUCGCGUGUCUGUUGGAGGCGGGUCACGUGGCCACGUGGGAGGAGGGCCUGGCGGUGCUGAAAGCCGCACGGCCCCGGGUGCAUUUGAACAGCCGCCAGCGCCAAGCGCUGGAGGGCUGGGUGCACAGCCGUGGCGGCAGGGACGGGGUGCAGAUGCAGGCUCUCUCCUCGGCGGUGGCCGGCGGCGGUGGCGGCGGCAACACGCCGUUAUCCUCGGCGGUCGUGACGAUGCCGGCGGUUGUGAACGGCUCGAUGGUGGUUUUGCGCCGUGGCAGCGCCGGUGGCGUGUCGGAUGGCGGCAGCGGUGUCGGUGGCGCCGGCAAUACAGACGUCAGCGCCAGGGUGCAUCUGUUGGCGGAUACUCGCGACCCACGGGGAUCGGAGGCAUUUGCAGCGCAGUGUGGUACGGCAGGUACGGCGUCGUACGGUGGGCUGGAGUCACGGCUUUCGGGUCUGGCGGCGGCUGCGUCGGGGGUAUUGCACAGUGCCAGCAACUUACCGCUGACGGAGCCCCUGCGUAAUGGGGCUUCACAGGUAUCGGCAGCCGCCGCCGCCGCCGCAGCAGCAGCUGCUGUGGCCGGCGGCAAGAAAUUGAGUUAACCUCUUGGGCGGUCCCUUGGGUUGCCUGCCAGCAGCUGCCCGUGCAGCAAUAUGCAGAUGCCGUUGGCGACCCGUCGCCAGUCUGCUAAGGUGCUUACGUUCCUGCCUUGCGUUGUUGGAAAGGUGUCGGUCUCAGACGCACACAAGCUUUCGGGUCCUCUUUCUUCUUAUCCUCGGGUAAACCAUUGGUGCCGUUAGCUCCCCCUAGUUCCUAAACCCUUAAAAUGCACAAUCCAUGAGUAUAUGAUGCGCGUUGUGCGUCUGCUCCUUUGGGUAUGUAAGUGGAUAUGUACAUGUGUGUGUGUCUUAAACGGCGAGAUGUUUCGUGCGCGUGAAAGCGAAUGCGAGGCCGUGUGAGUUUGUGGUUGCCGUAUUUUUGCCGUACAAGGCAAACCCUCCACGUGGUGAACUGCUCAUAUGUACAAGCGCACUGAAUGGGAAGCUGUACCUGGAAUUGCAGUGCGUGAUUUGAUAAUUCCACCCGGC